AUGCAACUGGGUGUCAUUGAUUUUGUUGCAUUUAGUGGGGUGUGCAAGUCAUGGAGGUCGUUUGCAUUCUCGUAUAUGAACAAGUUUAUGGCAUCCAGACCGCCCAUGUUUAUGUUUGUUGAUGAGUUUGAGAAUGAUGAAGAGUGGUGUUGCCACCUAAAGGACGCCGACGGAAGAAAGUUUAAAACCGUUGUUCCCCAUUCUGCCGGGAGGUCGAUCUGUGUUGGAGUAACUUGUGGUUACAUUAUCCUGUACGAGCAUAGAACCCACGACUUCUGGCUUGUGAACCUUAUCACAAGGCAUGAACUUCGUUCCCAGAUGCCCCUGUAG